AUGCCGCACCCCCGUCCCCUGGUGGUGCAGGAACCAUUCGUGGACGAGUGGCUCGAGACGGGCCUGCGCCCCACUGACAGCCGCUGGAUUGUCACCCUCGACGUGUCCGAGGUCGCAUCCCACCCUCACCCAGUCGUCGUACCGCCAACGGACAACAGCUCUUUCGACAGGCACGACGACCGACCCCCUCCCGUGUUCCGCGAAACCGGUAUUACCACGUUCCACGUCACCACCUCGUGCGCCGUCGGCGUAAAGACUCUCAUCGACAUGAUGUCGGGAGUGAUUUCAGACCCGGCCCGAGCCAUGUUCGUGGUGGUGUCCGACCGCAUUAGCGUCGCCACUCAGCUGGCCGAGAUUGGUCCACGGCACGCAUCAUGCCGUGUCAUCAAGCAGGACUUCAUCUUCGACUGUAUGAAGGCCGGAGCCUUCCUCGGUCUAGACAAGUACCUCGUCACUACUCUUGCAAUCGAGGCCGAAGCUGAGCGCGCUGUGCCCAACGGCAAUGUGCCGGUACCGACUCAAGUUCAACCUCAGCGCAACUCGACCCUCGUUCAAGACACCGGCAGCUGGGGACCUCGUGUUGACCGCCCGUCUACGCCCGUCAAGACCGAGCCACCCGAGCCCGAGGAGUCCAGUUCUUCGCCAGUCCGCGACCGUCGCGACUGGCGCCGCCCCGACAGCGCUGGCGCCCCAGCCCCAGGCUCGCGACUCUCGCCACAUCCCGGUCUCCCUCCCCCUCUCGCUCCAUCGGCCUUCAUCGCGUCCACCGCUCAUGAUCUCGGUCCGCGCUUCACCCGCGCCAACUUCCACAUUGACUGGAGCAACAACGCGGUCGCUGGGUCUAGCCGCCAAUCUCACUGGCUCGGGGGCGACCUCCCCUCGGACCCGUCUGAGAUUGUGCAACCGUACUCUCCCGCGAUCAACGGCACGCCCAAUGGCCAGCACACCGUCCACCCCGGCCGCGCCGAGUUCGUCGCGCAGGCCAACGCCGCCGCUCGAGAGGUCAACGACUCGACCAAGAAGAAUGCUGGCGGGUAUGCCAACCACUCGUACCGGCCCAAGGACGACGACGCGAUGGAUGUCGACGAGUGGUGA